AUGAUUAAAUUAUUUUCUUUAAAACAACAAAAGAAAGACGGUGUCGACCCCAAUUCAAGAUCUGCCGGACAAAAAAAAGCGACUGCCGCGCAAUUGAGAGUUACCAAAGAUAUAAAUGAGUUGAGUCUACCUCGAACGUGUCAAGUUGAGUUUCCUGACAAAGACGAUUUGCUGAAUUUCAAACUUGUAAUUUGUCCGGAUGAAGGUUUCUAUCGUGGUGGACAAUUCGUCUUUUCCUUCAAAAUAGGCCAGGCAUAUCCUCAUGAACCGCCAAAAGUCAAAUGUGAAACAAAAGUUUAUCAUCCCAACAUUGACCUAGAUGGAAAUAUCUGUUUGAAUAUUCUCAGAGAAGAUUGGAAACCAGUCCUAACAGUCAACUCACUAAUUUAUGGUUUGCAGUAUUUAUUCCUUGAGCCAAAUCCUGAGGACCCACUGAACAAAGAGGCUGCUGAGGUUUUGCAGACAAAUCGUCGAGUUUUCGAGCAAAAUGUAUAUAAGUCACUGCGAGGAGGAAACAUUGGAAAUGUUUAUUUUGAAAGAUGUCUUAAACAAUAA